UGGCUUUGUCAAGCAGCCGCUGUGAGAACAAGCCGAGCGGUUGGUCGGUUGAUGGGUGAAACAACAACAGGCUCGGCGAUAUGAGGGUUUCUCAGACACUGAUUUGGGCCGCUUUUCUCAUCCAAAAGGUGGUGGGGGAGUAUGGCAUGGCUCAUUUCAGUGAGACAGGUAAAAGUAAUGGGAAGGACUACUGCAUAUUCUUCAACUCACAGUGGGCGCGUCUACCUCAGGACCUCAAUAAAGCAUCCCGUCUUCAGAUCCACGACCUGACAUCUUCGGUCCUGUGCUCGCCCUCCGAGGUGCCAGAGGGAGGCUUCCCAAACCGCAUCCCCAUGGUGAUGAGGGGCAACUGCACCUUCUAUGAAAAGGUUCGCCUGGCCCAGAUUAAUGGUGCCAAGGGUCUCCUCAUUGUCAGCAAGGACCGGCUGACACCACCAGCUGGAAAUAAGAGCCAGUAUGAGGAGAUAGACAUUCCUGUGGCUCUGCUGAGCUACUCUGAUAUGUUGGACAUAAGCAAGACAUUUAGUAAAGGAAGGCUUGUGGCCAUGUAUGCACCCAACGAGCCGGUGUUGGACUACAACAUGGUGAUCAUCUUCUUGAUGGCUGUGGGAACGGUGGCUGUCGGAGGCUACUGGGCCGGCAGCAGAGAUCGCAAGAAGCGUUACAUGAAGCAUAAACGAGACGAUGGAGCGGAGAAGCAGGACGAGGAGACGGUGGACGUCACCCCCAUCAUGAUCUGUGUGUUUGUGGUCAUGUGCUGCAACAUGCUGGUGCUCCUUUACUUUUUCUAUGACCACCUGGCCAUUUGGGUCAUCGGCAUCUUCUGCUUGGCCUCCUCCGUCGGCCUCUACAGCUGUCUGUGGCCUUUUGUCAGGAGGAUUCCUUUCUGCAAGUGCAGGAUCCCGGAGAACAACCUGCCGUACCUGCACAAACGCCCUCAGAUCCGCGCUCUCCUGCUGUCGGCCGUCUGCAUCGCCAUCAGCAUCAUCUGGAUGGUGUUUCGCAACGAGGACCAAUGGGCCUGGGUGUUGCAGGACGCCCUGGGGAUCGCCUUCUGUCUCUACAUGCUCAAAACAGUGAGGCUGCCAACAUUCAAGGCGUGCACUUUACUGCUGUCUGUUCUGUUUGUUUACGAUGUUUUCUUCGUAUUUAUUACACCCUUCUUUACAAAGAGUGGGGAGAGCAUUAUGGUGGAGGUGGCGGCUGGCCCCUCAGACUCCGCCACACAUGAGAAGCUGCCCAUGGUGCUCAAAGUGCCGAGGUUGAACUCCUCUCCUCUGGCUCUCUGUGACCGGCCCUUCUCCCUCCUUGGCUUUGGGGACGUCUUAGUACCAGGUCUGCUGGUGGCAUACUGUCACCGAUUUGACAUUUUAACCCAGUCCUCCAGGAUCUACUUUGUGGCCUGUACGAUCGCGUACGGCGUCGGCCUGCUGAUCACCUUCGUGGCCCUGGCGGUGAUGCAGAUGGGCCAGCCGGCCCUGCUCUACCUGGUGCCUUGCACUCUGCUCACCAGCCUCACCGUGGCGCUGUGGCGCAGGGAGCUGCGUCAGUUCUGGACUGGAAGUGGAUUUGUGCCUCCUAUAGUCCUCGCACCGAUCAACCCCACGCAGACUGCAGAGCCGCAGACAGAGGAGCCGCCCGCCGAACCGGAGCCACAAACCCCCGAAGCCACCGAUCAGAGCGAAGACACGCCUGAUGCACCGCCGCCUCAGGAAACGCCUCCAUCACUGAAGGAAAGAGGGGAGAAAACCAACAACUAGUACAUUUCUACUUUCACUACUGACUUGGCUUUUGUCUAAGGGGGUCCUGAUCAGCUGGCUUUUUGGCUCAUUUGUUCAUCUCUCCCUAAACAAAAGGGAAGAAGUGCUGAAACUGUUUUAUCUAAAAAAAAAAAAACUUCCAACAGAGUGCAAUGGGAACUUAAAAAGUAUUAAUCUGUUUGAGGUGCUGGUAAAGAUGGGUGAAAUAACCAUAAAGUUAAUUCAGUUUUUAUUGCAGUAGUAUGAAAAUGUAAAAACAGUUUUUUUUUUUUUUAACCAAAAAAAAAAGACAGAUAAGGCCGAAAUGCAUCAGACCUGAUUUAUCAACUGAUCCAACAGAAAAACAGACCAGGCAGACCAUGCAGUAUUCUCUGCAGCUGCGUGGCUCUACGCCGGGCUCUAUACCGAGCUACCCAGCAAUUAGAAGUAAACGUGUCAGAGUUAACGUCCACUUUGGGGAACAUAGAAAAAAAUAAAUCUCCAAAACGCACGUUAAACCGUUCAGGUUUGUCCCCAAAUAGGUUCGUCUAGAAUCAUGCAGCUCACACAUGUUGCUUGUCAGAAUUCCCGGUGCAAUCAUUAAGACAUUUCGAUAACCAGUGAGCCUACCUGCGUUAGCUGCUUAGAAAAACAGAAAACAAAUAAAUAGAAACAAAAACCUUUUAGCAAAAGCAGCAAGCUACACCAAAUAAAAAAUGAAUCAGAGCUUUGUAGAAUCGGAUGCAGAUGGUGUAUUCAGACCUUUACUGCUAUACCUGCAGUAACCGCAGCUGCUAGUACAUAUUUAGUCCAUUUUUAAUUCACUUUAACAGGGUUCUCAGGAGAAAUAAGCCCAGAGCAUGACAAGUCUCUGCUGUGCUUAAUAGUCUGUGGGAAAUCCUCUCCAAAUUAUCCUUUUAUUUCCACAAAAAGUCUUAGGGCCUUAUGUAUAAAGUGUGUCUGCAUACAAUAAACAUGCAGAGCAUUGUUUAGCCCAAAACUAUGAAAAUGAACAUUGGGUGAAAGUGUGCAAAACUUUUAAACCCACACUUUAAAAACUCUAAAAAUGGUGACAGCCAAACCUGUAUGUUUCCCAGAUGUGUAAAAUCCCCUGAGAAUAUGUUUAAAUAGGCAUUAAAUCCCUAUUUGCAUGAAGGAGCCGACAUCUGAGGGGAAUCAGGGCUAUGACUGAACCUCAGUUGCUAUAAGGCAGGAUCUGUGAAUGUAGCAUUUAUAAAUGUUACAUUCAUUUUCAUUACAAAGCUAUGCAGGCAUUUCUGAUGAGUAAAGUUGUCUCACAAAUGCAGUGGCUCAACUCAGGAUUCAUUCAGAGCCUCUAUAAUAACUUUAGCUAUUUGAAAUAAUAGACACAGUGGGAACAUGCUCCGCUCAAAGCCUGGAUGCCAUGUAUUUUUAUUUCUUUUUUUAUAGAUAUGUUUUUGUUUUGUUGUUUUUCUUUUUAAGGCGAAAUACUGAAUAGUUUCAAACAUGAAGUGUGGCUUACUUCACUUGUUUGUGUGGUGACGGGGUUCCUAAUAGAAGCAUGAGGGUCAUAUUCACACCUUAGAAACUAUUUGUUACACAUUACAAUGAUCAGCAUGAAUCAAUAAUUAAGCUCAGUUGAGCAGCUAAGUGUUUUUCCCUGACUGACGUUCCGAACACACAGGCUAUGUGAACUAAAACAAACACCAGAUCAUUUCCCCCCGUAGUUUUAGUGAGACGGCUGCACGCUCUUUUAUGCAUGAGGCCCCCAGUCUGUUUGCAUAUUUCACUUUUUAUCUGAAUGCUAAUCUACACCUUCUGUUGGAUUCCAAUAAAAGCGUUGAGCAACUAUGCUGCAGCACCAGGUGGCGAUAAUGUCGAUAAACAUGCAUUAAAAUGGAAAUGAAAAAAUGAUGAUAAUCUCGGGUUCAGUCCUCGCUUGAAGAUUCUUCCCAAACAGUUUUCCUUCAUUUUAACUUUCUCAUUUUAGAUUGAUGUUGACAGGGGUCAAAAUCGCGAUGACUAUCCAGGCUUCAUUAGAUCCAUCUAAUAGUUGCCAUGGAGACAGCUAAAUAACGUGCUGCAGUUGCCUUACAAGUUAAAAACGGGUCCUUGACUGGACAAUAAGAGACGCCCCCUGAUUACCAAAGAGAAACAAUUCUGUUUGUUUUUAAACUAUAGAUAUUUUAAUCAAGUGACCAAAAUAAACUAAUUAAAGGUUGGAUUUGAAAAUAACUCUGUGAGAUUUUGCCACUGCAAUAAAAGCUGAGUUUACUAGGGCUCCAUUGUAGUAUAACUGUCUUAUCUAACAGUCUGUGGCGCCCACGAAGGAAGAAAGUGUUUCCACUUUAUCACCAGUAAAAGGUUAGCAACAGCAUCCAGAAAACUUGGAAGUUGGUAAAAAUCGUGGACUUUCAUCUGUUUUAUUGAGCUUUUCACAAUGAGCUCACUUGCAAUGACUUCAAAUAAAAUUGUGCCCCAACUA